UUCUACUGAACAGAACCAUGAAGCUGGGCGUGAAGAUUCAACUUGUGAACUUCUGCUUUCAAGUUUUUAACUUCAUCUUCCUGGCUCUGGGCUGCAGUGUGUGUGGCUUCGGACUCUGGAUCCUGUUUGAUGGAGGAGACCUGCUGACCAUCGACGCCUCAGACGAGCUGCAAAUCGUGGGGGCGGGGCUAACGCUGAUUGGUCUGGUGGUAUUGGCGGUCAGUGUGGUCGGGAUUGUAGGCGCCGUCAGAGACAUCAGAGUCCUGCUGCUGGUGUACAUGGGCUUCCUCCUGGUGCUGGUCCUGGGUCAGCUGUUCAUCACCCUGCUGCUGCUCAUGAACAGGGACCAGAUGGAACACAGUCUGGAUCAGACAGUGAAGCGGAUCAUCUCGGACUACGGAGGUCCUGAGGGUUCCACACUGAUGGACAGGAUCCAGAUCUCCGAAGGUUGCUGCGGCAGGACGGGCCCUUCUGAUUGGCUGCAGAACGACUUCCUCCAGAACCGGACCGAUCUGGACCUGCUGCCUUGUUCCUGUUUCAGGGCGAGUCGCCCAGCAGCCGGCUCGCCCUGGUGCUCCGGAAAGAACCUCACCGGGGGGCACGGGGGGGGCGGGUCUUAUGAGGAGGGCUGCAAAGAGAAGGUCACCGAUUGGCUGCAGGCAAACCUCCUGACCUUCGUGGGCAUGGAGGUCUCUCUCAUGCUGGUCCAGGUGGUCCAGUUCGCCCUCGCCGUGUCUCUGUACCGGGCGCUCGGCAGGAAGGACGACCAGCUGUCGGACCCUGAAGAUGACCAGAACUACGGGGACCAGGACUACGGGGACCAGGACUACGGGGACCAGGACUACGGGGACCAGGACUACGGGGACGGAGACCCCGCCCACACCGGUUAUCGCCGUGACUACCAGGACUAUAAGUAAAUGUACCGGGUCGCCGACGGGCUUCUUCCACCACAACAACAACAACAACAACAACACCUUCAUGGAUAACUCUCAGCACAGUCCUGAUUGGCCCGUCACAGAGGAGACAUCGUGAUGCGUU